GUACUCUAUAGGAACGGAGUGAACUCCCGGUAACUCUGCCUUCGUCGGGACACUGAGCGAGAGAAAAUCUGCGCAGAUACCGUUUUCGCUUGCAAGUCCCUGUCUGAUCUUUACGGGGCCAAUGAGUUCUCUGGUGUACCCGGGACCGAAGGAGCGAGAAGCGGUUGCCAUGCUACACUAUGGAGGUUCAGUGGUUCGGAGUCGGGUUCCCAGCGGCUCCAGUGGGCAGUUUAACGCGGGACUGAUCGCUUCUUCGUGCGGGGCGCAGAGACAACAGUUCACCCUGCACGGCCCGCAGCUGUUGGCCAGCUUCCAGCUGCAGAAACUCAACAGUCAGUACCACAGCUCGGCGCUGCAGCCCGCCCCAGUGUCCGGAGACAGUCAGGCAGCGGAUGCUGUCCAGUCGCCGGCACAGGUCGGCCCGGUAGCUCCAGCCCCACACGCACCGGGCAUCAUCGACACGGACCUCAUUGAUGAGGACGUGCUCAUGACCCUGGUGCUGGAGUUGGGUUUGGACCGAGUGGACGAGCUGCCUGAACUCUGGCUGGGACACAAUGAAUUUGAUUUCACCUCAGACGUGACCUCGGUCACCUGCUGACAGCGAGCCCGCCUGGAGGCAGUCAGUGGACUGAACUGAUCCCAACCGGUUCUAACGGAUCCAAACUGACAUCGGGCGAUUUGAGAAGAUUGCGACCGGUUUCCUAUAUACAAGCUGUACUAACAGACUCGGGCAAUGGACUGGCCUUUGUAUUGCCCAGACUUGCGUCUUUAUUCAGAGAGUUUUUCACCUUUCAAGGAAGGACUUCCACCGUGACCGAGAAACUGAACGGAUUAAGGAGCAUUCACAAUACCGCCCAGGGACAAUAACGAGACGCAUUGACACGCAAGCCGGGUUGGCACUUCUAAAUACUAAUCAACAGGAAGCCCAGAGACGGAGGAUCGACGACUUUGAAAGGCGUGCCUUAAAACAGCCCAAGUAUGGGAGUGCUUCUUGCUGGCUUCUCGAACUGGAGAUCUUUAAACAAGACCUCGGGCACUCGCUUAAAUAACACCGGCCGGACAUAUGCCAUUGGAGACAGAGGAGAUUCCGCAGAUGCUGGAAUCUGGAGCAACACACACCAAGUGCUGGAGGAGCUCAGCAGGUCAGGCAGCAUCUAUGGAGGGAAAUAAGCAGUCGACGUUUUAGAUCGAGCUGAUGAAGGGUCUCGACGCGAAACGUCGACUGUUUAUUU